AUGGCGCAGCCAUCCGGAAAAGUCCUCGAGGGCGUCUUCGCCGUGCACAAACCUCCGAAUUUGUCAUCCGCUCAGGUCCUUCGAGAUCUUCAGCAUAAGUUCGCCGAGUCGAAGACCUUCGAGCCAUUACUCCAACGGACGAAAAAUGCCCUGGAAGAGCAAGAGCGGCAUCAGCCGAAACGGCGGAAGCGCGGCAAUGAUCAGAUCUUCAAGAUGGGCCACGGCGGUACCCUUGAUCCCAUGGCGACGGGUAUUCUGAUUGUGGGUAUCGGCAGGGGCACCAAGUUUCUCCAGGACUUUUUAGGUUGCAAGAAGACGUACGAGACCGUUGUCUUGUUUGGUAAAAGCACGGAUACAUAUGAUACGACCGGUAAGGUUGUCGCGGAGGCACCCACUGAUCACAUCACAAAAGAACUGGUAGAGGAGAAGAUUGAGAAGUUCCGUGGAAAGCAAAAGCAAAUGCCACCACUCUUCAGCGCAAUCAAAAUCAAUGGCAUGAAGGCAUACGAGUAUGCAAGAACUGGGAAAGAGCUUCCUCGAGAGCUGGAAACUCGCGAGGUUGAAGUCUCUGAAUGCACCCUUCUGGAUUUCUAUUUGCCAGGCGAGCACGACUUCCGUUGGCCGGCAGAGCAGGCUCCCGAGGAGGAAAAGGCCCUUGCCAGAAAACUACUGCCUGGAGCUCAGUCCUCUAAACAGGAGCCGGAUGCACAAAGUUCUCAAGCUGCAGACACUAGCACGGAACGGCCGAAGGAUGAGACUACAGUUGACCAGACGAAAGACGUCAAAAUCAACGAGAUCCCUUACGAGAAGAAAGCUGCAAUGCACAUCCACACCGCUACGCAGGAGGACGUUCCUGCACAGGCACCCGCAGCUCGUGUCCGCUUGACCGUCAGCAGCGGGUUCUACGUCAGGUCGUUUGCGUAUGAUCUCGGGAUUGCCUGCGACUCUUAUGGGUCAAUGGCUUCUCUGGUCCGGAGUCAGCAGGGAAGUUACUCCACUUCCCAACCUCCUCCAGUGGGCUUUAUUCCCACGCUCACAUAUGAGGACCUCGAAGCGGGCGAAGACGUUUGGGGUCCCAAGGUCUCGUCGGUGCUGGAACAGUGGAUUGAAGAGCAUCCAGAGACCACUACGCAGAACGACUUCGAUCACCGGGACUCCUCACGGGGCCAGAAGACCUUCGGAGGUGGGAAGGGGUAUCGCGGCCGAGGUGGAGGAAACAAGCGGUCCUGGAAUGAGCGAAAAGGUAACGGUUCUCAGGGUCGACGACGCAACAGCUCGUCUCCUGAAUCAUAG